AUGCCUUUAGAUGUGUGUAUCUCACUGUGUGUGCUUCUCUGUGUCUCGCUUUGCAUUUGCGUGUUGUUGUCUGUACUCUCUGGUCUAAUCGCACCCGUAUCUGACCACCCCUGUCCUGUACUCGUGCAGCAUAAGCUGAAGUCUUCGCAGAGGGACAAGGUACGGCAGUUCAUGUCCUUCACACAGGCUGGGGAGAAGACAGCUGUGUACUGCCUCACACAGAAUGACUGGAAACUAGAAGUGGCCACCGACAACUAUUUUCAGAACCCCGAUCUCUACUGUAAGGAAUCCAUGAAAACUUCAGUUGACCGGAAAAAGCUCGAGCAGCUCUACAAUCGCUACAAAGAUCCCCAGGAUGAAAAUAAGAUUGGUAUCGAUGGGAUCCAGCAGUUUUGUGACGACCUCUCGCUGGAUCCAGCCAGCAUCACUGUGCUGGUCGUUGCAUGGAAGUUUCGUGCUGCCACUCAGUGUGAGUUCACCAAGAAGGAGUUUCUGGAUGGAAUGACAGAGCUGGGGUGCGACAGCCCAGAGAAACUGAAGGCCCUUUUGCCAAGAUUAGAGCAGGAGCUCAAAGAUAGCGGGAAGUUCAAGGACUUCUACCAGUUCACCUUUAACUUUGCCAAAAAUCCUGGACAGAAGGGUUUAGACUUGGAAAUGGCCGUAGCCUACUGGAACCUGGUUCUGUCAGGACGAUUUAAGUUCCUUGAUCUUUGGAAUAGAUUCCUUUUGGAACACCAUAAACGAUCCAUCCCAAAAGACACGUGGAACCUAUUGUUGGACUUUGGUAACAUGAUUGCAGACGACAUGUCAAACUACGAUGAGGAAGGAGCAUGGCCAGUCCUUAUAGACGAUUUUGUGGAAUUCGCUCGACCAAUUGUAACAGGAUCAAAACGUAAAACUCUCUAAAUCAAAUCCCAACUCUGGAAAACCAGAACAUUGUUUCUUUUACAGUGACUUCAUAGUUUUUUUUAAGACUUGUACAAAAAAAAGUGAAAAUCGUAGACUUCAGAGAGAAAACAGAAGCACUCGAAACUGUCAGGAAACCACCUUUCAGGGAGCUGAGUUCAAACUUUGAGAAGGAGAACUGGCCACAUUUCUGUCCUCGUGAGACUGAGGCAUUAUAUGGACAUUGCCAGAUCCACCUCUGUCUCCCCUGUUGGAUUCUCAGCAUCCUGGAUGCCCCUCUGCUCUGCUCCAGGAGGAGCAUUACCUAUGGGGAUGGACACAGCACUGAGAGGAGGUUCAACUGGCUGUGUGUACUCUAAAGAGACUGGAGAGGGAAAGCUGUGUGUUUUUAAGAUUCUUCCUAGUUGGCUUUGUUUUGUUAUUUGAAGCUCUGAGUGACUGUGCAAAGUUCCCAUGUCUUACUCUAACUUUGGGACAGAGUGCUCACUACACCAGCACCAACAGAACUGUUGCAGUUUUACUGUACAUACUGUAUCUAUUGGGACAGUUUACAAAGAGAGCUAUAUGAAGAAUAAUAUAAAUAUGUUCAAUUUAUAAAUGCAAAAGAUGAUUCUUUUAUGUACAGUCAAUGCUAAGAUCUCUAACGGGAUGCCUCAAUAUCGUGGAUGAUAUGCUGUUGGUAUAAUUGUUAGGUGGAUCUGUCAAGUAAUUGAGUUGUGAGCUUCUCAUUGAAAGCAUGUUAAACACAUUUUACGUCACCUCGGGCUGGUUUCAGAAAUACAUUUUCACUAAAGUAAAGGCGAUGUUUUAAUUUAGUUUUUGGUACCUGUCAGGAUAAUCUCAGUUGGCAGUUUGUCUUGAAUCGUAAAUGUCCCACAGUACCACGAUUUUGCUUUCAAAAGAGGAUUUCCUUUUAACUGUCAGGGAAAGAGUUCCGUUUUUAUCAGUCGAUCCCUCUGAGACAGUAGUGAAGCUAAAGUGACUAUUCAGCAGCAUUUAAGAGACAUAUAAAUUUAAGAAAUUAGAGGCCGUUAGGAUUGCAUGGCACAUAUCUAUGUUAUGGCAGCGCAAAGCCCCUUAGUUCAGAAGCCAGGACAAUAAAGAGGGCAAUGAUAAGACGACAAAGUAAGCCUUAAGAAUAAAUACCUGUCUGUUCAAUAUUUAUGUUUUCUGUUCAAGCCCAUCUGUUCAGUGUUACUGAAGGUAGUGAAAAUUAGAAUAUAUUGUUGAUACAUCAUGUAAGUAGCCUAAGUAUAUUGUUCAUUUAAGAAAGAUGAAUAAAGCAUGAGUUUUUCCAUAAUCAUACAUGUAUUUAGCUCUUUUGUUAUUGAUAAGAUAGAUAAUGGGCAUUUUUUUUAAAUAUCAAAUGCAUAUAGUGCAGCUGCUUAGAAAAGAGUGUCUUUCUUUAAUCACAAUUAUAAAUUACAGCCAGAAAAGUUAAUGUGACUGUGAAACAAAGCUUUAAUUUUACUUUUUUUGAUCUGGUCCUUCAUGUUGUUGGUUGUUAAUAACAAAUAGGAUUUCACAAGAUUUGUUUUAUUGGACUUGUGAAUGGCUUUACUGUGUAACACUUGAGCAGUAUUACAUCAGGAUGUCAGUAGCACUCAGACUAGUG